AGCACAUAGAAUAGGUAUAUGCAUUGUAGUUUAGCUACGAAACAAAAACAUUUUAUUAGCCUUUGCGCCCAAAGGGCUACACAUUUUUUUCCUUGAUAUUCCCUGUUUCUCUAUAUAAUCUGUUCAUUUUGCUCCAUUCUUGUACUCCAUUUUUUUCGUUUCUAUUUCCCUAUAUAAUAGGGUCGAGAUUUUUUCCCCAAAAGGAGAAGCUCGAAAAACUAUAGAAAGAUUUUUGUCUUCGUUGCUGCCAGCUAUUGUUGCUUAACGAGUUAAUUCUUUGAGUUCACGUUCUCCGUAUACCAAGCAGGCGUACACAUUUUUUUUGAGGAUUGGAACAGAACUUUAUUUCUUUACUAUUAGUACAACAUUUUUUUCUCUAAGACCAAUUUACAAAACAUACGUAGGAUAAAGUUCUUUAUUGUGCUUGUUCGUUGUUAUUUCUGACUCCGGUGGCACAAUAAAUAAUCAAAAAGGAAAGGAUUAGUACCAAUAAAGGAAUUUAAUUCCAUAUUAUAUACAAAUAAUUUGUUUAGUUAAAGUCUAUUUUCAAUCCGAAACAUCCAGUGGGGGCAUACCGCGUUGCACUGUUUAUAUUCUGCCAAGGAAGCGAGAAAAAGAGUAGGGGGUUUCUUCUGAAACCAUACGUACCUUAAGUAUAAACAUAUUGCGGAUACUUGAUCACGAAACUGCCUAAGGAGGAAUACGAAGGUUAUCUGUACUUUAUUGUGUUGACACACACAAAUUAUAUUUCAUCACAUAGAAGAGUGUGAAACUACAGGCUUCAGAAACAAGGGACGAGUAUUAGAGCACACCCAUCGAAAAGUGUCAGGAUUGAAAAGAAGAAGGUAAUAUUUAGGUUGCAAGAAAGGAGAUCAUCGGAAAUACAACAACGAAAAAGGCAGAAAGAGGAGGAUGACGGAAUCUCUAGAAGAGGCAAUGCAGGUUGCAGAAGAGGAAUUUAUCUUCAACGAGUACGCUGUUGACGACACACUCGACCCGCUGAGUAAAUUAGUUCAGUACUGCCAAUCUGAUUUUUCUCUGCAACGGCUUAUGUUGGUGCGGGAACUAUGUGAUACAGCAGACUAUGCCGGGUACUCCGAAAGCACGAAGGUGAUCGUGCCGCUGCUUACCCAGUUCACUGCUGACGCAGAGCCUGCGGUGCGUCAGACCCUACUUCAACAACUCUUCCCCCUUGCCGAGUUCUUUAUUAAGGAUGGCGGAGAUAACGGUUAUGAUUACCUUCUUAGUACCUUUUUGCCAAUGAGCUUUGAGCUUCUCGUAGACAAGAACGUUGAAGUCGGUGCGGCUGCUCUACAAACUGUUGAAGCACUCGCUAGACUUGUGCGUCCUGAGCAUGUCCAAGUUCAUUUACUGAGUGUGAUCAUCGCUCUUGCGCAUGACGAGCGUGCCGAGGACUACCGAGUUGUAGCAGCGCGGCUUUUUAACGAUCUUGCGCCGGUGUUGGGUGAGGAAUACUGCACGACCGUCGUCUUGCAGGAGCUGGAACUGCUCUCCAACGACUCAAGUUUCUCUGUCCGUAAGACCGUAGGCGCCUGCCUUGGUAGGAUGUGCUGCGUCUUAAAAAACAGCGCUGAGGCCCAAAAGGUGAUUGUGUCUCUCUACUUAAAUCUUUGUCAGGACGACAUCUGGGGUGUACGACAGGCCUGUGUGGAUUCAAUAGAAGAGCUUUCGCAGGGGCUGCCCGAGGAGGUAUGCAUUGAGCACCUCCUACCUGCCUUCCAGCAGCUACUUGAGGAUAACUCCCGAUGGGUCCGUGACCGCGCGUACGGGGCCCUCGGCUGCCUUAUUCACACUCUCAAGAAUGAAAACAUUGAUCCUGAACUCUUGCAGCUCUACACCAACAUGGCUUUUCAGUCCGAGAACGGUGACUGUGAGCUGAGUGAGUACUGUGCUUAUUCCUUCCCAGCGAUUGUGCAAGCCAUCGGCCCGGAGCGCUGGGACGAGGUCCAGGACGCCUAUUGCACGAUGCUUAAGGAUGUCCAAUGGAAGGUGCGAAAGUCGCUCGCGCACUCCUUGCACGUUGUGGCGAUGAUCCUAGGAACAGAACUCACCGAGAAGAGCUUAGUACCUGCUUUUCAUCUUCUGCUCAGUGAUCUUGAUGAUAUCAAGCUAGGCGUCGUACUGAAUGUAGAGAAAUUUCUCCAAGUUGUGACCCCCAGCACGCUUAACGACCUUACCCCGGUUCUUUGUCAUGUCCCUCUCGAGAGCGAGAACUGGCGCCUUCGGAACGAGGUGGCUAAACGUAUCGGCGACGUCGGCGUGUUACUUGAGCCGUCCAAUCCGACGUUGAAUGUGGUGACAGCGUUAGUGCUGCGAUUGCUUGAUGAUAGCGUCAUGGAGGUGCGCGCUUCAACCUACCGCCCCGCGGCAGUGCUACUGAAGCAUCUCGCUAGUGGCCAGCAACUGAAAGAUUUCAGCCAGUGCAAUAAUUCCACGUUCAUGUCGUACCUGAAUAUGAUCGUAAGACUAGCCGACAGGAUGAGCUUUCAGGGGCGCCAAAUGUUUGUUUAUGUAACCCAGCAAGCUGCUGAAGUUGGGGCAAAUGAUGUUAUAGAGCAGUUUCUACUUGAUGGCUUGUUGAGACUGACCUCUGACAGUGUCAGUAACGUCCGCUUGGUCAUUCAGCGUGUUAUGCAGGAAACCUUUUUGCAAUUGCCAGCAUGGAAGGACCAUCCUAAGAUUGCUGCUAUCAUGACCUCACUUUAUACGCAUGACUUGGAUGAAAUGAAAGGAGAUGAGGAGGCAAUAAUGUUCUCACAUCAAAAGCAGCAGCAGGAUACCACACCUCUGAGGGGAACAAGGGGGGCACCUAGUGGUGAUGCUUACUCAGGGGUGAGCAAUGGAUUCAAUGUAGAUGCCGUGUCUAGUUCAGUUCAGAACGGAGUUUAUGCCGAAGAAUUAUCCAACGGUGUCGGAAACGACCAUUUAAACAGUGGUGCUGACAAUCGGGGUACAAACGAGGGAGCUGCGGUGCCGGUCUCGGCUGAUGCCGUAACAACUGUUGCAGACAAAGUAAGGGCAACAUCACAGGCCGCAUGUUGA